AUGUACAGAUCGACUCUUACUACGCUCGCCGCCGGGUGCAGGCCCCAGGAUGCAGGACUCCUCGUUACUAAAGCCCUGUUCUCCACCUCCGUCACUCGUGCCCAAGGUGGAAACCCUCGAUCGCCACUGCAGAUUUUCCGUGACACAUUCAAAAAGGAGUGGGACAAGUCCCAGGAGCUGCAGGAGAACAUCAAGACGUUACAGGAUGCCUCAGGAAAGCUGGGAGAGUCCGAGGCUUACAAGAAGGCCAGAGAGGCCUACCUCAGGGCUCAGAGAGGGUCCACGAUCGUGGGUAAGACGUUGAAGAAGACCGGUGAGACCGUCGAGCACAUAGCCACUAAGGCCUGGGAUUCCGAACUCGGUAAGAAUACAAGAAAGGCCGCUUCUGCCACGGCGAAGAAGCUGGACGAGAGCUUUGAGCCCGUCAGACAGACCAAGAUCUACAAGGAGGUCUCCGAGGUCAUCGACGAUGGCGAGAGCUCCCGGUACGGUGGGUUUAUCACCAAAGAGCAAAGAAGGCUCAAGCGUGAGAAGGACCUGGCCUCUGGGAAAAGACACAGGGCGGUUAAGAGCAAUGACGAGGCGGGCACGGCAGUGGUCGCCACAAACAUCGAGUCCAAGGAGUCGUUCGGCAAGAAGGUCGAGGACUUUAAAGAGAAGACCGCUGUGGGCCGUUCCAUUCAAUCGUUAAAGAACAGAUUGUGGGAUGAAAGUGAAAACCCUCUGAUCGUCAUUAUGAGGAAAGUGACCAACAAAGUGGGCGGGUUCUUCGCGGAAACGGAAUCGUCCCGUGUGUACAGCCAGUUCAAGAUGAUGGACCCCACUUUUUCGAACGAAAAUUUCACCAAGCACCUGAGAGAGUACAUCGUCCCGGAGAUCCUCGAAGCGUAUGUGAAAGGCGACGUCAAAGUCCUAAAGAAAUGGUUCAGUGAGGCCCCCUUCAACGUCUACGCCGCUCAACAGAAGAUUUUCAAAGAGCAGGACGUCUUUGCCGACGGCCGUAUCCUGGACAUCAGGGGCGUUGAGAUCGUCAGCGCAAAGCUGUUGGCCCCUCAAGACAUCCCAGUCUUGGUGGUCGGGUGCAGAGCGCAAGAAAUUAACCUUUACAGAAAGAGAAAGACCGGCGAGAUCGCCGCCGGUGACGAAGCCAACAUCCUGAUGAGCUCGUAUGCCAUGGUCUUCACCAGAGAUCCAGAGCAAAUCGAUGAUGACGAAACAGAGGGCUGGAAGAUCUUGGAGUUUGUUCGCGGGGGUUCUAGGCAAUUUACCUGA